UCGAACAAAACGAAAAAGUAUCAGUAUCAGUGGCAACGUCUUUCUGAACGACUUUGGUUGGGAGUGGUUAUGAGCAGUCCCAUGGCCGGCUCCACCGCCUCCAGCUCUAAAGACCGUCCGGCUUCCAGGACCAGCUUCAUCCCAGAACUACAGAGCAUGAUGUUCGCUCUGGGAGACGCUCGCAGGCCUCUGCACGAGACGGCGGCUCUGGUGGAGGACAUUGUACACACACAGCUCAUUACUAUGCUGCAUCAGGCCUGCGAGGGCGCCGCUCUUCGUGGUUCAAGGGUCAUUUCUGCCGAGGACAUCCUGUUCCUGAUGAGGAGGGACAAGAGGAAGGUGGCGAGGUUAUUGAAGUAUCUCCAGUUUAGAGAUUAUAAAUCGAAGCUACUCAAAACUCUAGAGGACGAAGAGACGCCACAAGAAACGGACAGGUGGGGUGCUCAAGGUGCUCCGGGUACCGUGGGCGGCGUUGCCGGCGGUAACCAGCGAAGGCAGCGAUUGGCUCACGACUUCCUGGCGUGGAUGGAUCAGACUGGAGAACUCCUGUCAUUAGCCGAGCGACAAGAAGUAGAUCCCGUCAAACAGGAGAGGUUGGAGCGUUUAGAGCGUCAGACUCGAAAUAUGGACCAGGCUCAGUACUCCGAGUUCUGUGAGAGUCGGCAGCUCAGCUUCGCUAAGAAAGCCUCAAAGUUUCGGGACUGGCUGGACUGCAGCACUUUGGAGCUGAAACCCAACAGCAUCGCCAUGGAGAUCCUGUCAUACCUGGCCUAUGAGACUGUUGCCCAGAUUGUGGAUUUGUCUCUGUUGGUAAAACAGGAAAUGAUGGCCAAGACCAAUCCCAUCAGUCAUGUGAUCUCUGCCAGUUACAUCCACUACAACACACACACUGAGGUAAAGAAGGAUCCAGACUCACCUGAGGCCACUCCCCCCUCCACACCGGGCUCUUCCCACUCAUCAAAGCCCCUCCCACAGGGUAACGGCAGUCUAGAUGGCCGAGCGAGACAGAGGAAGCGCAAAAAGAGCUGUCCGGCUGCAGUGGAACCUCCCAGUGGAGCCAUCCAGCCCUGUCACAUCAGAGAGGCUAUUAGAAGAUACAACUACAGACACACGAGUGCGUACUGGAGGAGUGGGAUGGCCUUCCUCGCCUGCUGAGCGUUAUUACGUUAUCACACACAUUCUUGCACACAUCUGUAAAUGUAUUUUUUUUUUGUUGCUGCAAUAAAGAGUUUAUACUUAGCUUUGU